CGCGAAAUAGGGUACACGUCCUUUCAGUUACUCAUAACUUUUACUAUAAUUGUUACGUUAAACUAUGUGUUGUGUUUAAUAAAUAUUAUCGGUGGUUUCAAAAGUGAAGUGAUGUAAUACUUAUCUUUAAAUGCCCGUAUUAAACACAAAGGUGAUGUGGUCGCGUAAGCAGUCAGUGUGCAGUGCAGUGAGUGGGGUCUCCAGAGCUGAUGAGCAUGACGGCAUUGGAGAUUUGCAUUUGUACCCAUUUGCGUUUGCCCUCCGAGUACGGGUUUUACAGAUAGUGUGUGGUAUAGGAGGCUUAGUGGUUGGUGCUGUGGGUUGGUUAGAAGAAAGACAAAAACCUGUGCUUGGACUGGGAGUACCCGCGGGAGCAGUCACCGUGUUAGCUGCUGCAUUAUCGGUAUACUAUAGCCGAGGGUUUGGUGGGUGGGUCUCAGCUAGAUCCAGAACUUCCAGAUCUUGGGGUCCACCUUGGAGGGUUCUGGGACCAUCAGCGUGCGCUGCGGUGCCCCUCACAAUACUAUGGACCGCCGCUAUUGGUGCACACGUGGCUAUGUUCGUGUUUUGUAUAAGAACACUUAUGAAUAUAGGAUGCGGUUCGAAAACUUGUAUCGGUGUCGCAGUAGCCCAAAUGUCGAUUUCAGUAACAACUUUAGCAACUGCUGUCUACAUGGUACAACUGGACUUGAGAUAUGAUGCUGCACUGUCACCACCUCGCCCCUCAGAUGCGCAUACAUGCACCGCUGUGUCUAUGGUACCACUUACAUCAGUCGCAGUAAACAGUGGUGCCAGUACCGAAGGGCCGGAUAACAGCCCACUAAAUAAAGAACACAUGGAUCACCCACCUCCUUCUGAACCCACUUGAUGUCGGAAUACAGCUUAGAUAAGCCUUGAUUUUAAUUGUAUAUGUUAAAGUAAGAAGUUAGAAGAGUAUUAACCUAUCCUUAUAAGGUUUUUUGAUGUUUUUUAUAUCUCAAUCGAUAGUUGUAGACCAACUAUAGCUCUGUAAAUAGUUUUCGUGAAUACAUUUGUAAAUAUGGUGUUUUCAAGUUUCGUAACCCAAUUUAGCAACUAGGUUAGACCUCUACCCCUACCAAAUCAAAUAAUGUCGCCAUAAAUCGAAUCCAGGACCAAUUUUUGCGCCACAUGUUAAUUGCUUUUCUUCGGUGGGGAAUACAUUGUGUGCAUGAUAAUUCAUUAUUUCAUUAAGUCAGUAAUAUUGGCAACGUGUACGGUUUGUCAAGUACUAUUGUAAAUAUGUAAAUAAAAUCAU